AUGUCGAGUCUCUCAACGCCUGCGGCUCCCUAUGACUAUGCCCUUCCUGUCGAAUACGGCGAGAUGAACACUCCGCCCAAAGUGACCACGCAGGCCUAUACUCUGCCCCCUCUGCCGUACGCCUACAAUGCUCUCGAGCCCCACAUCUCGGCCGAGAUCAUGACUCUCCAUCAUGACAAGCAUGGGCAGCACCAAGCCUACGUCACCAAUCUUAAUGCUGCCCUGGGCAACUAUUCCAGAGCCGUCGGCGACUUGAACAUUCCUGACCAGAUUGCCUUGCAAAACAUGAUCAAGUUCAACGGUGGAGGCCACAUCAACCACUCGCUCUUCUGGAAGAUCCUCGCUCCAGCUGACAGCAAGGAUGCCUCGGAUCCCGAGGGUUCGGCACCUACGCUCAUGGAGCAGGUCAAGACGACUUUCGGUAGUCUCGCUGGCCUGACGAGCGCAUUCUCGUCUGCUUUGAUGGGGAUUCAAGGUUCCGGAUGGGGGUGGCUUGUCAAGGCUCCCGGCAGCGACGGCGGCCUACGCAUCAUUACGACCAAAGACCAGGACCCCGUAGUUGGUGGGGAGGUGCCCAUUAUUGGCAUUGACAUGUGGGAGCAUGCGUACUACCUGCAGUAUCAAAACGGCAAAGCGUCGUAUGUCGACAACGUUUGGAAUAUCAUCAAUUGGACAGCUGCCGAGGAGCGAUUCAGUGGCUCUCGUGAAGAUGCAUUUGAGGUUCUCAAGGCUGGCUUGUAG